CGUGCUAUAAAUGGUUAAUACUCGCUAAUAUUUAUAAAUAAAACUUUUGCAUAGUGGAAAUUUUCAACAAUUUGCUGCACUCAGUUUACUGUCAACCCUCAACCAAGGCAUAGCAACCUCGUAAAAACAUCGAACUUCUCUAAAAUUUCAACAAAAAUGACAAAAUACGCUCCCGUAAAAGCCGUUAUCUUCGACUUGGAUGGCACAAUUCUCGAUUCUGAGUCCGUUUACACGACAAUUCACGAAGACAUUUGUCGCAAAUAUGGCGCUACUUUACCUUUCGCGACUCGUGUGAAGCUUUUCGGCACAGAAGAGCAAAAAGCCUGCGCAAUUGUCGUUGCCGAUUGUAACUUACCAUGCACUCCCGCGGAAUUUUACGCUGACUUUCAAAAACUUUCGAAGGAACGUCUUGCGCAUUGUGCCGUUUUCGCAGGAGUUCAAAAACUGAUAACGCAUUGUUUGGCAAACGACAUUCCAAUUGCCAUCGGAUCAGGUUCAAGUAGCGAAUCAAUCGCAUUGAAAAUUCAAAAUUAUCAGGAUUUGAUCGGGCAAUUUCAUCACAUGGUAACGGGAACUGAUCCGGAAGUAGAAAAGGGAAAACCAGCGCCUGAUGUGUUUUUGAUCACGGCAAAGAGAUUUGAGCCUCCGAUUGAUCCGAAAGACUGUUUGGUGUUGGAAGACUCGGCAAAUGGCGUGAAAUCAGCGAAAAAUGCGGGAAUGCAAUGCGUGAUGAUUCCUGAUCCGAAAUUGCCGAAGGAGUUUUGCACGGAAGCUGAUCUCGUGUUGGAGUCGUUGGAGGAUUUCAAGCCUGAGGAAUUUGGACUUCCUGCUUAUGAGUAAAAGUUGAAAGAAAUCUGAAGGAAAAAUUGACUAAAAAUGAAAAAAAGUUUUAAAAUAGUGUC